AUGUCUUCGCGAACGCCAUGCACGCCGGUGCGUCCCUGUCUCCGUCGACUCCACAGAAUACCAGAGAUCGAGGCUCACAACCUUCGGCCAGACCCUUCAUGCCCGGCCCUCACUGGCGGAAACAUGAGCAUCCUCCCUCAGCUCGGGGGCGUCAUGAUCCGCCCGGUAUCCCUGUGCGAGGGCGUCGGCCACACCUUCUCCGCCCGCGACGAGACAGGCCGCCUCGUCGGCUUCCUGUGCUUGACGCUCCCCGGGCAGCUCAUCCUCUCCACGGAGGAGAUGCGCCAGUGCGGCAUGUACGAAUACCUCGCGACGCUCUCUCCGGAGGGGCGACGGUACUUCACCGAGACCGUCGCGGUGCGGUUCUCCGAGCUGACCGACGAGGUGCUCGGGAUCCCCGAGGUGCAGCGGAAGGCGUACUGGUGCAACGCCGCCAUGGUGCGCGAGGACUGGCAGGGCAAGGGGCUUGGCAAGGCCAUGUUCCAGCUGGCGUUCCGGGAGGCCGCGAAGCUGGGCGCCGCCGUGGCGCUGUCCACGACGAACGCGCGGAACGUCGCCAUCUACGAGAAGAUCGGCUUCGAGUGCAAGGGGACGAGACCUAUGCCAUCCCCGUGGGGCGACUGGAACAUUUGGUACUUUUAUCGAGACUCCGUGUCAGCAGAAGCGACUCCCGCAUGA